UCCCGGCCGCGCGGGGCGAGGGCUGCACUCCGGCAGUGGCGAGCGUCCGCCCUCGCAGCUCGCGCGCCUCGCGCCGCCUCCCGUCGCCUCGCGCUCUACUGCCGACAAACUUUCGUCGCGCGAACCGACUCUAACUUUUGUCUUGCGCCCCAGUACCGCGGAGCUCGGCACGUGAAAUGUGAAUACUUCAAUGAGGAAAGUGCAAUAUUAUUUGUGAUAGUGAGUGUGCAUGUCACUUAACAGGUAUUUGGAAAUAUUUCACCACACCGAUUGGAUAUAAACGAGAGUUGCAGCGGGCGAUGGCGGUGUGAUGUGAGCGGCAGGGAGCGGCCAUGGCGGACGACAACACUAUCAUCGAGGGCACCGUCAAGUUCCGGGACGGGAAGAAGUGGAAGUCCCGGUGGUGCGUGAUGCGCAAGCUGUCGCCGGUCGCAGAUUGCGUGCACCUGCAGCUGUACCGCGACUCGAAGGCGCGCUGCGCGGGCGCGGCCAGCAAGGCGUCGCUGUCGCUGCAGCACUACCUCGGCAGCGAGGCCGGCUUCACGCUGGACAAGCACUCCAACACGCUGGCGCUGGUCUGCCGGGACCUGGUCGCCAUCCUCGCCUUCGAGACCCGCGAGCGCCUCAUCCAGUGGCAGGUGAAGGUGAGCGCGCACCUGGGCGAGCCGCGCCACUACCUCGUGCUGGUGGGGGGCGCGGGGGGCGCGGGGGGCGCGGGCAACAAGCGCCUGCCGGCCGGCCCGGCGCGCCUGCACCUGCACGAGCGCCGCUUCGCGCUCACUGCCGGAGUGCCUCCUCGACUGCUCGGCAUAUGGGAGCUGCCGCACCUCAGACGGUACGGUGUGGUCGAGGGCAGGUUUUGCUUCGAAGGCGGCUCGCACUGCGGCAAGGGCGAAGGUCUGCACGUGUUGAUUACAGACCAGGCCAAGGAGCUGGCGCGUGACUUCGACCUGGCCUCACAGGGCCGCCUGUCGCCCAGAAGGAGGCCAAAUAAUUUUAAAAAUAGUGAAGGUGCAGAUAGUCCAAAGUCUCAUAAAGCUUACCGGCCAGAUACUAGGCUUUCUGAGCUGAACACAAUAGACCACUCUCUCCCGCCUAUAGACAUCCACAACUAUGAAGAGGGCUGUGAAGACACAGGCGCCAUCUCCCCGUACUGGCCAUCUGCAGAGAGAACAAACUUCCAGGACAUGGGUCACGGCGACACCGCGUCCGUGAACGAGACGGUGGAGGAGGCGGCCACGUGGAACGGAGUAAGCAACGUGACGCUAGAGAGGUGCAUGAGCUGCAUCUCCAAGCUGGGGGCGCUGUCGCGGUCAUCUACGGCGGCACUAACGCCUGGCGCUAAGCACUUCAACCCUGCGUGGACUAUGGAACCUGUUCACGAAACCCUUCCCACAGAACCCACAGAGCCCACUCAACAUUGUGAUAUUCUUCUUAGUGCAACCGAUAAGACUGACGACGCUUGCCAUUGCCCUACCUGGCCUGAACGGCCUCCGGAGAGACCCCCCAAGCCCACGCGACUAGAGCUUAAUCUAAAUAGGAAACCGGUACCUCUUUGCCGCUGUGCACAUAGUGUGCCAGAUGAGAAACUCAGCAGAGUUGGACCCUAUGAAAACUACGAUGUACCCAAACUUCCACACCCAGACGGUGAGUAUUACGAUACACCGAAGCGGCUCAAGGAGUGUCUAACUAAUGAAUUAUUUAAAGUUACUAAAAGUUCAGUGUCGAAUGCAGUCAUUUUGAAAAAGCCCUGUGGCUGUUUACUAAAAUUUGGUAAAAGACGAAGAGAACCAACGAUAGUAGAUUCUGAAGAAAGCUUCCAGCCAGCUAGUUGUCCCUGUCAGCGGGUCACAGAUUGGGCAAACAAUUGGAUAAAGUUACCAUAUUGCAGGAAAAACACUGUUUCUAGUGAUAAUUUGGUGCCAAACAAAGAAAACGUAACCCCUAACAGUAGUGAUGGAACCGCACUUUAUGCCACAAUAGACUUAUCAAGGAAGACAAGAAGAAAACAGAGGCCUUGUGAUCGGCACCUAGACGCACCCGAGAGCGAGUCUCUUCGGGGCCUAACUAGUUCGGUAGAAAUUGAUGACGGCCCGUUGGCCAACUAUGAGAAUCUUAGUUUUGCCUUAUCUUUAGAGCACUACGAAAAUGCUAAAGAUUUAUUAAGAAAAGUUGGUGUCACACAAUCAGAACUGGACGCGAUUAGCGCUAAUUUAAAUCCCAGUUCAUUUGUAUCGACGGAUGUCAAUCUUUGUACAAAAUGUGGUCACGCGCAACAGCAGCGUUUUAAUAAAAACUUAGUCCAAGAUGAUGUACCUGUUGAUGCGAAUGACGAUUACUUAAUGAUGGCUCCCGACGCCAGUAACAAACUAGAACAAAGUAAACCGUUGCCAGCGGGUUAUACUCCAAUGUCUCCAAUUGGAGGUUUUGCAUUUAAUACUCUAAAGCACCCUGCCAGGAGUCCUAUUAGUAGGUUACUUGAAGAAAAGUCUGCGAGUAACCCAACCUUGUGUGAGGAAAGUAGACGAUCGGGGACAACGGACGCUGACGCGGUGUGCACAGCCAGCACUGUCACGGAGCGAGCCGACAGAAUUGAGUAUAGAAAACGGUCGAGCUCUGCAGACUCCUCACGAUUCCUUGAAGACGUGAAAGAAUUCGAUGGCAGCAUCGGUAGUCAGGGUUCCACAUCGUCUAUUGAAACGCUACGUAAUAUCGCAGUGGAUGGGCGACCUUCAACACCAUGUAACUGUAUAGUCGAUAACAAACAUUCAGACGCAGACAGUUCCGAGGCAUCUAAAGGAGCGCGCAGUAGGCUGCCACCAGCGAGGCGCUCCUCUUCCGUGCCAGGCAAGGCGGGAGGCAACAGGGACUCGUCUAGUUCUAACGACUCAGGCGUGUCAAGCUGCUCGUUGCGGCGAGGCGAGAUGUUCGAGCUGCCGCUGACGACGGCCGCGGCGCGGCGCCACUACCGCAGCGCGCGGCGCGCGGCGGCCGGCGCCGGCACGUCGCUGCCGCGCCGCAGCCGUUCCACUGACCCGCUGAGUGACGGCACCACUGCACAAAGGGAGGGCGUGCCCGCCAAAUCUUCCUCUGCCGAAGCUGAGGUGCCUGUCCUCACGGUCAAGCCGCUGCGAGGGGUAAUGGACACCCACAGCACGUCCAGCGGUACCUCCGAUAUGUCGGACUACAUCGAAACUCUGUCCAUUUGCUCUUCCCACUCAUCUACAGAUACUCCUAUCACCAUGAGGGUGAUGCGCCAGACGACGAGCACGCUGCGGCCGCGCUCGGGCAAGGAGUACGGCAGCCUGGACCCGCGCCUCGCGUCCGCCUACCGCCACCCGCACCACUACACCAACCUGCCCUAGACACCUCCUGACCGCACCACUCUCGCAGCUCUCGCGCUCACGCCAUUCGUGUCGCGGGUUUGUCACGCACAGGCCAGCGCGGGCUGCGAGUGGUUCCUCGCGACGACGACAUCGUCUGUGUUGUGAAAGUGUUGCCAGCCGCGGCCGCGGGCGGCGCUGCCGAGCUUACUUCUCGACUGUACGUUGUGAUCCGUCCAUGGUCUGCGCCCGCUGCGUCGGAUCGUACCAGCUCGCGCGAGCCGCGGCCACUGACACAGCGUUGUAUAAAUGUAGUUACCUUCACAUGGAAACUGAACGAAUUACAAGACAGGUGAAAUAAAUACCUAAGUAUUGUUAAUACAGCUGGCUCGCUACCGGGCAGCAGUGGGCGACGCGGCCGCCUGGCCGGGCUGGCGGGGCGCGCUCUGUACAUACUCGACACGCUCGUAGUUGGCGUCGAUUCGUUUAGGAUGAACUAAAUGUAUAUUAAAUAUUAUUACUAUAAAGUAAUUGAUAUACUUAUAAACUUAAUCUCUACAACGACUCUCUUGUCUCUACUUUGUUACGACGAUGUAAUAUUUUGAUAUUCGGAGUUUAACUGGGGCUGUCUCAGUAAGCAAUAAGCAAUAAGAAGCAGCGCACACCGCGGCGGCGCGUGUGUGUGCGGGCAUGUCUGCGAGGCGACGCGCGCGCUCCGCCACGCUCCCGCCGAGCGGAGCGGAGCGGGGCGGAGCGAGCGCGCGGGCGAAGACUGGAAUUGUAAGCAGGUUGUUUAGAUAUUACGCUAGCAAUGAAUUUAUAUAAUAAAAAUUAAUGUUAAUAUACUUGAAAUUUCCGAAUAAAACGAAGAAUAACUAA